AUGUGGCAAGGCGGUGAUACAUUGACGCCAAAUAAGAACGAAUUAGAGCAAAGUAUUUCAGUUGCUUCAAAGCAGAAAGAAAAGGUUGUGAGAAGGAUUGAUGAUGACACACCAGUACCUCAGACGUCUGAACUUCCGGUGAUGUCUUGCUGCCAAGAAGAGGCGUGCACGCACUCCGUCGUCGCUGCUGCAGCUAUGGAAGCCACGCGAUUGUCUGACAAGGAGCGGGAGAUCAUUCUUGGGGUGCUGGCAAAAGACGAACGUCUCAGAAGAGACCAGCAAAUUCGAGUGCUAAUGCUCUUUAAGUUACGGAUAGAACUUGUAUCAGACGCUGGAUAUCGUCAAUACUAUUGCACGAGACUAAGUUGGCUAAAACUGUACUGUACUGUACUGUACUGGAAACACGUGUUUACCCUAUUUAUACCCAGCAAGGGGAUAAAGUCCCCAAAUAUAGCACAACUGGAAGAGUCAGCUACAGUGAAAGCAUUAAAGAAAAAGAUUCAACAACUACAAGAAAAGAUAAAACUUAAAAAGUAA